CCGGCCUGGCGUAGCUACGGCAACAGAAACAAAGUUUUGUGUACAGUUCUGCAGCGCCCCCAGUUUUAAAGAAAGAAAAAAAAGAUUAAUACUGUUUAGGGGAGAUGCGGCGCCCCAAAUAUUACACUCCUAACGAAGUCUCUUUGCACAACACUGUCGAGGAUUUAUGGGUUUCGUAUUUAGGCAAAGUGUACGAUUUGACCCCGUUGGUGAAGGAGCACCAGGGCGAUGUGCUCCUGAAACCCAUCAUCGAGUCCGCAGGGAAGGACAUCAGCCACUGGUUUAACCCCAAGACUAAAGAUAUCCGGACCCACGUCGACCCCCUGUCAGGCUGCAAGAAGUACUACACCCCCAGUGGGCGUUUCGUCCACGUGCCUCCACCUUGGCCCUGCACCGACUGGGCCAACGACUUCGGCUGCCCCUGGUGGAGAGACGGCUGCUACGAGGUGGGGGUCCUGUCAGCCAAGACCCGCCACGUGCGCAUCAUCAACACGCUGACUUCCCAGGAGCAGAUGCUGGAGGUGUGUUCCGAGGAGACAAUGUCGGAAAUCCUGCAGCGCUACCUGAACUACAACUCCCAUGCUGCCAGUUACACCUGGAAAUACGGCGGCGUCAACCUGGACAUGGGCAAGACGCUGUCGGAGAACGGGAUCGCCGACGAGGAUCAGGAGUUCUAUGAGCUCCGCAUGGACCGGGACCUUUUCACACAGUCCAUCUGUCUCUAUUUCAACGACGAUCUCACCGAACUGUGAGCUCCGCUCCACUGCACGUCCACACCCCUUCCACUGUCCUGUUAGUCCUCUCUGCUUCGCCAAGAAACUGCUUCAGUUUUGAGCUCUGGUCUCACGACCCUGGGAGCCACCCAGCUCUACCGGCCCCAUCUCUGUGAUCUCUCUCCAGUCUGAGACAUGUAUUGACCAGCUGCUGCUGAUCCCCCUCUGCCUCUGUCCCUGCCUCUUUCUCUCUUCUCCCACCUCUCCCUCUCCAGAUCCCUCUGUCCCUUCCCCUUGCUCUCUCUCUCCGUCUCUCGCUCUCCCUCCCCCUUUAUUCACAGCUGGAUGAUCGCAGCUCAUGACCUGUUCUCAAGGGUUGCUUUUCGGUGAUAAUAAAAUGCGCUGCUUGUUAUUUUGA